GUCUUCAGAAAGUCAGUCAGUAGGUCAGUGUCCGGGUAGGUCUAAGUGGUGAGGAGUGGGACAUUGUCGUGCACCUAACACCACAAUGGACAACUAUCCGAUGUACGGGUUGCUUGUUGGGUUCUCCCUCUGGGGGACCCUCUGGCGUCUCCUCUUUCCUCUGGGCUUCUGGCCCACUCUUACGUGUAGAGUAGACACCCGGGGUGGUACUUCCACCAAGCCAUAUUCGAAAGAGGAGGAGGAGAAGAUGACCGUCAUUCUAAGGGAAAGAAAGGAGAAGAGAGAGGCCAAGAAGAAGGCCCUACAGGAGGAGCAGGCGGCCAAGUUGAGAAAGAUUGAGGAAGAGAUGGCCAAAGAGAAGGAGAGAAUCAUGAAGGAAGAGGAGGCGAAGUUGAAAGAGGUGGACGAGGAAGAAGAGGAAGGACCGCCACUGCAAAGGAGGAGUGGACAGCACAGUGGCAGCAAAGACGAAGAACUGGAGAAACGGAUUUCGGAAUGGGUCGCCAACUUAUCCUUGGGUGAAGAGGAAGAGGUUGCUAUGUACAUCCCCAAGGAUGAGCAAGAAGCCGCUAUGAAAAAAUGGGAAGCAGAAGGAGAUGUUCUGACGCGGCGGGCGAUGGAGGAUGAACAGAGGAUGGCGUGGAAGCUCGCAAUGAUGAGGGAGAAGAAGAGAAGAGUGGAGGCGGCGAAUGCAGCAAUACAGGAAUUGGAGGAGGUGCAGAAAUUGAGUUUACAGUUGACACCCCAGGUAGAUUUUCAGUGGAAGGUGGAGAUCAUCGCCCAGAGCGUCCAGCGUUUAGCCAAAGUGCAAGAAAAGCACUAUGAGUUUAGUCGCAGCCAGGAGAUAUCUGUGCGUUCGAUGCGAAUGGGAUUACGGGAUUUUGCUCGCGAGUUAGUAGGCGGUGUGGGGUCCGAGGUGACUCACCGCCUCGAGAAGACUGAGCGUUUUUGUGUCGGCGCCAUUGAGGGCGUCAAGGUGGCAGCUCCCAAGGAGGAGGAGGCUCGCCCUCGCAGGGAGCCAAUCAAAGUCAAAUUCCCUGAUUCCUACAGUGGAAAAAGGGAAGAGAACUUUGACAAUUGGGAGGCCAAUGUCAGGACCUAUGUGCAUCUGCAGCAGGUCUCCCCAGCUCAGCAGGUCCUAAUUGCGAUCCACGGACUUAAGGAUGAGGCCGCCAGUUUUGCAAGGUCCCUUGUUCGUGCUGCCAACUGCAGUGACGAUCUGGUUGCGUACUCCACAUUCACCCCCCUUGUUGAGUUCCUGAAAUUGCUGCGCAAGCGAUUUGUUGAUGUCGCUCGUAGUGUUAAAGCGUCCGAUAGGCUGCAAACGAUCCACGCCUGCAAGUGGAAGAGUGCCAGGGCACUCAAGAGUACAAUGGAUGAGUUAGUGGUUGUCCCUGACCACGGGGUUACGGACACCCAGUUGGCCGGCCUCUUCUACCGAGCUAUGCCCGAGGCCUUUCGAGGGCACUUCUUCGCGAAGAGCGAAGACCCCGCCACCACCUAUGAUUCUCUUAGUCGUGAGGUGGUGGCCUUUGAGGCCAAGUCUAUGUCAGUUUCCACCUUCUGGCACAAAGAUUUGGAUAAGGGAAAGCAAUGGAACGGCCGCACUAUUUCUGGGCAAGUGAAGACUAAAGAUAGCCUUGUCCUGACCUUAGAUGAGGGUAGUGUGGACGAGAUCCCCUACGAUCAGAUUGAGUGGGGGUUAGAGGAGGAGGACAAUGGUGUGGGCCAGGGGAGAACUUAUGCUGCUGUCGCGGUUGGAGGGAGGCCGCAAGGAGGACGAGGCCAGGGCCAAGGGGGCCGGGCCUCAGGGAGCCGGUUCCAGGGCGAUCAGGGGGUUGGCGGCAGAGGAGCAAACCGCCAAGCGGGAGGCAGGGGUCAAGGUCCCUCGCAAAACCGUCCUAGGAACAGGUCUCCCUAUAGGGUAGGAGGAUGGCACCCGGGGCUACCGCAUGGCCGGUGUCUAGAUAGUUGCCCAGAGACCGCUUGUGUUGGGGUCUCCCUAGACACCUCCCUCACAAGCGUAGCCGACGAGUUGAAGGACAGGAGGCCCGCCUGGGCCAAGAUGAAGAAGGAGAAUAAAGGGCAGCUGAUCUUAUUAGAUACAAAGAUUUUUAGUGGUAGAGUAAGGGCCCUAGUAGAUUCAGGGGCCACCCACAACUAUAUUAGUAAGAAAGCGCUGCAGAAGUUGAAGCUGGGACUUAAAGUCCAAAAGCUAGCAGACCCUAUAGUUAGCAUCCUCGCAGACAAUCGUACUAUGGUUGUAGAGGAGUAUGUAGAGGGAGUCCAGGCGUAUUUCCGCCUAGAGAAGGAUGGGAAAGUGGAGAAGGUCCUCCACUCCCUGACUCUCCUCGUAGAAGACAGCCUCCCAUUCGACAUUGUCCUGGGAAUGGAUUGGGGAGAGGCAGCCGGGGCCACGCUCCAUCUGAAGGAGCACGAGUGUAGGCUCCCUAGUUCUUCAGGCGAGGCCAAGACUGUCCGCAUGUUCCAUGUGUCAGGAGUAGAGAAUUCCUUGGCGCAUUGCUGCCUUAGUGCCCCCGCGUUCGCCAGAUUGGUGAAAAAGGAGAAGUUGGAGGAACAGGUUUUUGUUGCCUCUGUUAGGCCAGUGACUGAGCCUACAAAAGAAAGGCCGAUGGACCCUGCGAUUGCCAAGUUGCUGGAAGAGUUUAAGGAUUUGACAAAGGCGCCGACAGGCACAGUGCCGCGGCCCAUCCAGCACCGUAUUGAGAUAGAGCCUGGCAAUGGAACUCCUAAGGGUGUUGUGUAUAGGAUGUCCCCACGGGAGUUAGAGGAGCUUCGCAAACAAUUAGACGAUCUCCUCGAGAAGGGUUGGAUUAGGCCCAGUUCAUCUCCUUUUGGAGCGCCUGUUCUCUUUGUCCCUGAGAAAGAGGGAGAGUUGAGGAUGUGCAUAGACUAUAAGGGUCUGAAUGGUAUUACAGUAAAGAAUGCUGAGCCACUGCCUAGGAUAGACGAUCUCUUAGAUCGAGUGCAGGGGGCGAAGUAUUUUUCCAAGAUAGAUUUGAAGUCCGGAUAUCAUCAGAUAGAGGUGCAUCCUGAUGAUCAGUAUAAGACAGCCUUCCGGACUAGAUAUGGGCACUACGAGUUCAUAGUGAUGCCCUUUGGACUAACCAAUGCGCCAGCUAAGUUCCAGCGCUCUAACUAUUAUAGGAAGUUCCAUAGGAACUUCUCUACUAUCGAUGCACCCCUUCGCAGAUUGUUGAGGAAGGAGACCAUCUGGAAGUGGGACAAGGACUGCACGUUUGUCAUGAAAAAGUUGAAGCAGACACUGAUAGAGUGCCCAGUCCUUAAAGUCGCCUAUCUGUCCUUGCCUUUUGUCGUCACGACCGAUGCGAGCCAAUACGGCAUAGGCGCGGUAUUGCAACAAGACGAUGGCAAUGGGUAUAGACCCGUAGAGUUCAUGUCCGCCAGAAUGCCUUCAGAGAAGGUCGCGACGUCCACCUAUGAGAGGGAACUCUACUCUCUCAAGCAAGCGUUAGAACACUGGAAGCACUACUUGCUUGGGAGGCACUUCAAAGUCUAUUCAAACCAUGAGACGUUAAGAUGGUUAAAGACGCAGGCCAAGAUGACACCUAAGCUUACUAGGUGGGCCGCAAAGAUAGAUCAGUACGACUUUGAGCUCAAGCCAGUCAAGGGGAAGUAUAACGUAGUCGCCGAUGCUCUAAGUAGAAGAGAUGAUUACUUUGGGGCGAUAGUACAUUACCUCGAUAUAGGAAAGGAUCUGCAGCAGAAGGUUAGAGAAGCCUACGCGCAGGACCCUAUCUACAGCGAGCUCCUCACACGAGUCAAGGAGGCCCCAGAGACUGAGCCGAACUACCGCACUACUGAAGGGUUGCUCUUUGAGAAGACUAAUGUUUUUGACCGCCUGUGCAUUCCCAAUAGUGAAGAGAUCCGUAGCCUGAUUUUGGGAGAAUGCCAUGACACAGAGGGUCACUUUGGUUGGCAAAAGACUUUAGCCAAUCUCAUGCGCGCGUAUACCUGGCCAAGGAUGAAGAAUGACUGCGUAGAGUAUGUUCGCAGUUGCAAAGUCUGCCAACGUAAUAAGAGUUCUAUGUGCGCCCCGCUAGGUCUUCUCAGACCCUUGCCCAUUCCGGAUCAGCCGGGAGACUCGGUGUCCAUAGAUUUCAUGGACACUCAGGUCAAGAGUAGGCAUGGCAAGAGCCAAGUCAUGGUCAUAGUUGACCGCUUUAGCAAGUACGCAGUUUUUGUUCCUUUGCCUUCAGAGGCACGUACUGAUUUAGUCAUACAGAGAUUCUUUGACUAUUGGGUAAGCGAGAAUGGAGUCCCACUGUCUAUAGUUAGCGAUAGAGAUAGUCGCUUUACUAGCCAGAACUGGCAAGAACUCAUGGGAGUAUAUGGAUCUAAGUUGUUGAUGUCGUUCGGCCGUCAUCCAGAGACUAACGGUCAGACAGAGCAAAUGAACAAGAUCCUACAUGAAGUUCUCCGCAUGUAUAUUAGGCCAGAUCAGAUUAACUGGGAUAAGAUGGUGCCCAAAGUAGCUAGUGCGUACAAUAACAACGUGCAUCUGUCUACAUGCCGCACUCCCAAUGAACUGCACGAGUCCUUUAGACCGCGCAGACCAUUUGAGGGACUCAACCGGGAUCAGAUUCACAUAUUGCCGCCCCGGACCAGGGAGUUUGCUGUACAGCACGAGAAAGAACUAGCUACUGUUGUAGAGAACCUCAGAAAAGCCCAGCAUAGGAUGAUAGAGCAAGCGAACAAACAUCGUCGCCCUUCACAGUUUCAAGUGGGCGACUUAGUCUGGGUCAGUUCUAAAGAAGUUGCGCCUGAGGAGAACAUCUCGCAGAAGUUACUGCCCACAUAUACAGGACUGUGGCCUGUUCUGGAAGUCAAGGGCGGCGAAGAUGGACCGUCCUAUACAAUAGAACUCCCAGCACACCUCCACACGUACCCAGUUUUCCACGCAUCGAAGUUGCUACCUUGUCAAACAAGUGAUCAGUUUCCAUCCCCUAGAUCGAUGAUCCCACCGGAUAUGGAUGGAAGAUACGACAUAGAUGGUAUAGUGGAUGAAGAUGUCUUCAAAACUGGAGGUAGGGGUCGUCCGCAGAAACAGUACAAGGUUCAUUUUAGUUAUCAGGACCGGAAGACGACCGCUGGUUUACAAGAUCUGAACUUCUAGAGACAGCUCCCGAUAUAGUCCGCGCCUACGAGA